AUGAACUUACGCCUCCUGCACUGGAACGCCGCAGGCCUUCGGGGAAAAGGCCACCACCUGCGUCACAUCUUGCGUACUCAAGACGUGGAUGUGGCGCUCAUCUCCGAGACUCACUUGCGCUCCACCGACCGCCUGAGUGCUGCGGGCUACUUCGUCUACCGCGAAGAGAACCAGGCGAUCAACGGGGCGCCCAUACGUGGCCUGGCGGUACAGAUUAGAAGGAGGAUUCCUCAUCGUGCCAUCCAGGCCACAAACUUAACUGGCAUCCUGACGCUGGGGGUAGAGCUGGAACUAGGUGGCCAGCCCACAGACGUGUUGGCCAUCUACGCUCCCCCUGGCCAUAACUUCAUCCCGGCCGAAUUGGAGGCUACACUCAGCCAGAGGCCAACAAUCCUCGCGGGCGACUGGAAUGCCAAGCACAUCAGCUGGCACUCGCACUCCAACAGCCCGCGGGGGACUCGGCUUCUGCAAUACGCCGAGACCCGAGGUUACACCGUGUGCGGGCCAGAAGACGCGACACACUACCCAAGAAUUGACACCCACAGGCCGGACAUCAUAGACUUGGUGGUACACAACCGGCCUGGCCUCCACCUGGCGCAGGAGGUACUGAUGGACGAAUUCCAGUCGGACCACCAGCCAGUGCUGUGCAUCGUCGCGGGGGCACCAUCCCCGCCUGCGCGCACCUGCAGGGUCACCGACUGGAACGCCUUCGAGUCCAUCGUUGGAGACACCCCUGCACCCGGCCCACCGGACAUGACACCAGGCGCCGUUGACGACAUGGCGGAGUCCAUGACGCGGCAACUCCAGGCGGCUCUGGCGGAAGCUACCACGACGCGUCCGCCGGAGGUCAUACGCCCGGACCUCGCUCCCCACGUGCAAAGGCUGAUCCAGCAGAAGCGCGCACUCAGGAGGCAGUGGCAGCGCAAUCGCUGCCCAGUGCUGAAGACGCAGCUGAACCGCCUCGCCGAGCGUGUCAAGGCCGAACUGGCGACACACGCGCGGCGCACGUGGGAGCACUCACUGGGAGAGGCCACUACAGAGCCUACUCGCCUCUUCCAAUUAUGCCGCCGUCUCUACCGGACUCCAGAGCCGAAGCGUCCACUGUAUGACAGCAACGGCGUCAUUACCUACAAUGACACCGAUCGGGCCGAAAUCUUCGCCGAACACCUCCAGCGCCAAUUCUCGCCGAACACCGCGACAUCCCUUGCGCGUGUGGCUGAGGUAGAGAGCGCUGUCGAGGCUCGGCUGACGAGCCCGAUCCCACCCGACGAAGCCCAGAUCUUCUUCUCGCCAUCGCAGGUGCGGAAGACGAUCCGACGACUGCCGCUGAAGAAGGCCCCAGGACCGGAUGGCAUCACCCACCAGGCGCUGCGCCAUCUGCCGAUGAGGUGGAUUGUCGCGCUGGCGCGCCUCUUCACGGGAAUCCUCCGGACCCUCCACUUCCCGAAGACCUGGAAAGAGGGCAAGGUGAUCCUAAUACCGAAGCCCGGGAAGGACUCUACCCGACCUGAGAGCUACCGGCCCAUCACUCUGCUCUCGACGCAGUCGAAGCUGUUCGAGAGGCUGCUGCUGCAGAGGAUCCAAAUUUACCUGCAGCCAAGGCCCGAACAGUUUGGCUUCCGCGGCGAGCACAGCACGACGUUGCAGCUGACGAAGGUGCUCUUCACUGCAGCCACGGCCCUGAACAAGAAGAACGCGGCCGCAGCCGUCAUGCUGGACAUGGAAAAGGCCUUCGACCGUGUCUGGCACGAUGGCCUCGUGUUGAAGCUCGCCGAGUCUCCACUGCCCCGCCGCAUAGUCGCCGUGCUCCGCGCCUUUCUCACAGAUCGCACGUUUUUCGUAGCGACGGGAGAGGCUGCGUCGAGACCGCGACCUAUCACGGCGGGUGUACCACAAGGCAGCGUGCUGUCUCCAAUCUUGUAUGCCACGUACACUGACGACGUCCCGUGCCCAGAAGGGUGCACCUUAGCCCUCUACGCAGACGAUACGGCGUACGUGGCCACAUCCCUAAAAAUAAAGCACGCUGCGGUUAAGCUCCAACGCGCUCUGGACCUCCUGCCAGAGUGGCUAGAAAAGUGGAGACUAGCCGCCAACCCUAACAAGACGCAGGCGAUUGCCUUUGGCCAGAGUAAGUUGCCGCCGCCCCUGCGAUUCCUGGAUCAGGACGUGCCGUGGAAGACGCCGGUCACAUACUUAGGGGUCACCAUAGACCGGCGACUCACAAUGCGGCACCAUGUCAACAGGGCAGUAGGGAGAGCCAAGGGUGCGACGUACGCGCUCUACCCCCUACUCUACGGCAACAUACCCCUCCGGAACCAAGCUCGCGCUCUACAAACUGUACGUGCGCCCACACCUAACGUACGCGGCACCGGCGUGGUACUCCUACACAAAGGAGACCCACCGCCAGAGACUGCGCGCCGUACAAAACAUCAAUUUACGACGCGCAGUGGGGGCCCCCGCUACGUUAGGAACGCCACCAUAGCGCGGGACUUGAGGAUGGAGUCAAUCGACGAGUUCGUCGCACGGCUCACCAAGGGGAUGUUUGAUCGAGCGGACGCCUCUCAACAUCCCCACCUCAAGGACAUCGCGCCGUGGCACUCCAGGCCACCAGACAAGUACAGGUAUCCGCGUGAGCUAUUCUCCGCGGAUACCCCAACCACCGGACGUGACACCAGGGCAGCAACCGCGGCUACGACCGCUGGUCGCCUCGCUGGGCCUCCCCGGGGCCACCGGGGGUCUCACCCGGCGGAGCUUGACCGCGAGCCGCGUAGCUGCCCGACACCAACUACUUAG